CGUUUGUGCCCGUGUGUGGCUCUGACGGACGUUUUAUGAGAACCACUGUGAGCUUUACCGCACCGCUUGCCUGCAGCGGAGGAGAAUCUAUGUGGUCCACAGCAAAGACUGCUUUUUAAAGGAGACGCGUGCACCAUGGCGGAGUACAACAAGCUGAAGAGCAUGCUUCUGGACAUGCAGCCCAGGACCUCCACGGACGGCCACGCGAACGCCAUGGACCAGAGGAGGAUCCUGGUGGACACGAUGUUCAAGUAUAUAGACAGAAACCAGGACGGCCGUCUGAGCAGCGAGGAGCUGGCGGAGAUCUCCAUAAAGGAGCAUUUAGAAAACAUCUUAUUGGAGUGCACCAUGCAAGACCUCCUGCGUUACGACGAUUACAACAACGACGGUCACCUGACCCUUCAGGAGCUCUACACGGCCUUCCAGGUCGUUCAGCUCAGUCUAGCCGAUGACAGGCGUCUGAGCGUCACAACGGUGACCGUCGGUCUGAGCGCUGUACUGUCCCGCGCCAUUCAGGGCACCCUGAGACCACCCAUCAUCUGGAAGAGGAGCGGCAUCAUCCUCAACUUCCUGGACCUGGAGGAUAUAAACGACUUGGCGAUGACUGGCUCGCUCUACAUCACUAAAGUGACUACGAUUCACAUGGGAACUACACCUGUCACGCAUACGGCUACUGCGAGGAGCUGUCCCAGACCCACGUGCUCCAGGUGA